AUGUCCGAGUUCAUCGGAUCUCGCAUUUCUCUCAUCUCCAAGAGUGACAUCCGCUAUGUCGGUACCCUCGUCGAGAUCAACUCAGAAGCCUCCACAGUCUCAUUAGACAAUGUGCGCUCUUUCGGAACAGAGGGCCGCAAGGGCGGCAAAGACGAAUACCCACCGUCAGACGUCGUGUACGAGCAAAUUGUCUUCCGAGGCAGCGAUGUGAAGGAUCUGCGCAUCGAAGAGCCUGUCAAGGAGAAGGCUCAGCCUGCCAUGCCGCAGGACCCAGCCAUCAUCGGAUCGCGGCAAGAGGGCAGUCCACAAGAUCUCGCCGGUCGUCAACAACCGCCGCCGAAUUUUCCUCAACCAGGUCAAUUCCCGCCUGGCGGAUACCCUCCAUUCGGCGGUCCUGGCGGCCCCGGUGGUGCAUAUGGAAACCGAUUCGGUCCCCCAGGUGGUUUCCCUGGUGGUCCAGGUCCUUUCCCAGGGGGUCCACCAGGCGCCUUUGGCAUGCCGCCGCCUCCAUUCGGAGCGCCUCCUGGCUGGUUCCCUCCUGGUCACGGCUUCCAGCAGCCGCCUGGUCCCUUCUCGCCUAAUAUGCCCAUUGGCCCCCCAGGCCUGAACCAGAACCAACCUCCACAAGGCCCACGGGGUCCUCAGGGUCCCCAAGCAGGCAAGGAUGAGAAGCCGGGUCAGGUUCAGCAACCGAAGGUAGCAGAGGCAGACGGCGCACCAUCCAAGCCACAAGCCAAGAAUGGUGCGAAGGCAUCACCAGCUGCAUCAGGCAAGCAGGCUCCCCCGCCACCAGUCGACUCGAAGCCAGAUGUAUCGGCUGCGUUGGCGCCACCCCACCCCCAGAACGGUCAACCACCCGCGAAGGGUGCGCCUAGCGGACCCAAGGGUGGUCGAAUCAUUCCCGCUGUACCAAUUCCAAGCCCAAGGGCGACAAAGGCGGCUCCUCAAGCACAACAAGGUGCCGGCCCCUCUGCCGCUCCUGCGCAGAUGCCCACCGCUGCCCAACAGCAAAACGCUACUCAAUUAGCAACCGCUGCUGUCGCUGAGGCCAUGGCCAAGCUUAACCUCCAGAACAAGGGUCAGGCACCAGGUCAACCGCAGGGUCAACCGCCUGUCUCAGACCCCAUGAACAACUUGGCACAGCAGGUGCAGGGCAUGCGCGAACAGCAAAGCCGCCAGCACCAGCCUCGUCAACGAGGAACAGGAGAGUUCCGUGGUCGGGGCGGAAGAGGAGGACGAGGUGGUGCUCACCCUCAACACCCCAAGAUGGAAGUGCCCACAACCGACUUCGACUUUGAGUCGUCCAACGCAAAGUUCAACAAGCAGGACUUGGUCAAGGAAGCCAUCGCAUCUGGAUCCCCAAUGGGCGAUGCCCCGGCAGUCCCUGCUGGCGAGGCUUCCACGGAGAAGGAAGAGGUCGUCAUCCCUGGUGGAUCCAUGUACGACAAGAGCUCCUUCUUCGACAACAUUUCGAGCGAGCUGAAGGACAGAGAAGAGGCUGCCACCCGUGGUCAAGAGUUCAGGAGCCAGGAGCGCCAGAAGAACAUGGAGACCUUUGGCCAGGGCAGCGUCGAUGGCUACCGGGGCGGUCGAGGACGUGGCCGUGGUCGCGGACGUGGUCGGGGCUUCGGCUACCGCGGCCGUGGCGCACCCAGAGGUCGCGGCGGCGCCGAGUUUGGUGCCCAGCCUGCCGCUUAG